CAAAGAGACAUCAUUAUUACAAACUAAAUAAAACAAUACCCAUAACAUAACAAAAAUUAAACUUAUUGAAGAAACCAUGCAACGUUUAUCAGCUACCUUGUACCGUAAAAUAGCUCAUGGACCAUCAUGCGACGUGUUCAUAAAUCAUCGAGGAAUCGACACAAAGAGGAACAUCGCGGGGUUGCUUUAUGAUCGAUUGACGAAGAUGGGAGUGAGGUCGUUUUUGGACAGCAAGAAUAUGAAACCUGGGGAUAGAUUGUUUGAUCAUAUUGAUAGAGGAAUUCUCGGUUGCAAAGUUGGUGUUGCUGUUUUUUCACCAACUUAUUGUGACUCUUAUUUUUGUCUCCAUGAACUUGCUCUUCUCAUGGAGUCGAAAAAGAGGGUUAUCCCAAUUUUCUAUGAUGUUAAGCCUUCAGAGCUUGUUGUUAAGGACAAUGGUACUUGUCCUGUUAAAGAGCUUCGAAGGUUUAGUGCUGCAUUAGAGGAGGCUAAAUUCACAGUUGGAUUGACCUUCGAUUCUUCCAAUAGGGACUGGUCGGUGUUGUUAAGAGAUACUUCGGAAGCAGUGAUCAUGAACUUGUUGGAGUUAGAAGAAGAGCGUAAGCUCAUGAAGAGGAAACAUUGAAUACUAAUCACAAUUAGUUCAUUAAUUGAACACUUAAACUCAAAUAUGUUUGUUUAUCAGUUAAUUCUUUUAAAGAAAAAAAGGAAAGAUAUUAAACUAGCAAAGCAACAAACCAACUAGGAGAGGGCUUUUUAAUUUAACAUCACCCAAUUAUUUUCCCUAAAUCAAUAAGAAU